GACGAAUAUUCUUAAGACUGAAGGAAAAGGAGAUGAUGAUUCUGAUAUGAAAAAUGAAUUUACUGAUUUGGAAACUAAUAAACAAAAUGAAGCAGAAAUUAAUAUUGAUUUAAAUACUGACAAUAAUUCUGAGUAUUUUGAUGAUUCUAAAGAGGAACUCACAAAAACUGAAUCAUCCGAACAUAAUUCUGCUCCUUAUGAAAAUAGAAAUUCAAGAGAAAAAGAAAGUGAUAAUGUACAAAAUUUAGAUGAAGAUAUGCAAUCAACAGUUUUAACAAAAUCUUCUAAAGAAGAUACUGCUGUUUCGCAUAAUAUUUCGAAUUCAAUAGUUGAUGGAAUACCUGAAUCAGCUAUAGAAUUAAAUAAAACAAAUGAUAGUAUAGAAUCUCAUGAAAAAAUGAACAUUGAGGAAGGCGAUAUCAAAUUAGAUGAUGAAAAUAUUGACAAUCAAAAUGAAGAAGAAAUGGAUGUUAUUGAACAUUUGGAUUCUUCUUUACUUUAUCAAAAUCCAACUUUUGCCGAAAUUUGUUCUUUUUUCAAUACAUUUACUCAUUUGCUUGGUUUAAAGCCUAUAUCCAUAGCUAAAUUGGAUAAGUUUUUCUGUACACUCAUUAAUGGAGAUGUUGAUCCUGAACUUGUCGAUUUACAUGUUACAUUAAUGCGUAAAAUCUAUUUGAAAUCUGCGAGAGCAGAUAAAUGGGACAAAGCUUUACAAAAAUUCAGUGCAAUAUGUCCUGGCUUGGACAAUGAGUCUCGUCAGCUUCAGCGCCAUCAUUAUGUGGAUAUUUCGAUUGAUACUAAAUUAUCUCUUCUUAAAGCACUAUGUGACAGUCAAUUUGAAUGUAAUGCAAAAUUUAAGGAAAAUGUAAGAAUUUUUAUUAGUUAUUCACUAUUUUGA